AUGCGCAGUUCUAUCUAUCCAAACAAUUCCGAGGAUUUUCAACCAAUUACAUGUGGAUUAUUCCAGUCAAAAGGAUAUGAACGUCGUUUGAGCAGUGAAAACGUUUUUUUCUUUUUUCUUCUUCUUCUUUUUCUUCUUCUUCUUUUCUUCUUUUCCUCCUCCUUCUCCUUUUUCUUCUUCAAACAUUUUUACUUCUUUUUUAACAUUCUUCUUUUUCUUCUUCAAAUCAUUUUCUUCUUUUUUGAUCAUUCUUCUUUUUCUUCUUCAAAUCAUUUUCUUUUCUUCUUCUUUUUUUUCUUCUUCUUCUUCUUCUUCUUCUCUUUCCUCCUCCUCCUGAUCAUUCUUCUUUUCUUCUUCUUAACAUUCUUCUUUUUUAACAUUCUUCUUUUUCUUCUUCUAACAUUCUUCUUCUUUCUGAUCUCUCUCUCUAUUUCCCUUUCUCUCUCUCUCCCCCCUCUCUCUCUCUCUCUCUCUCUCUCUCUCUCUUGCAGUUUUACCACUCGUCUCUGUCGGCGAACUUUUUUAUUUAAUCUGUUCAGUCUUUCACUCGUCCCUGUCGACGAACCACUUUCAUUAAUCUCUUCAUCUUUCACUCGUCUCUGUCGACGAACCACUUUCAUUAAUCUCUUCAGUCUUUCACUCGUCUCCGUCGCCGAACCACUUUCAUUAAUCUCUUCAUCUUUCACUCGUCUCUGUCGGCGAACCACUUUCAUUAAUCUCUUCAGUCUUUCACUCGUCUCUGUCGGCGAACCACUUGCUUUAAUCUCUUCAGUCUUUCACUCGUCUCCAUUUGCUCGCGAUUAUUCUAAGCCACUUCUCUUCCCAUGUCUUUCUCAUUCUAUCUCUCCCAAUAUAGAAUCAAUAUUUCUUCUCCUUAUCCCUCGUACUUCUCUCUCUCUCUCGUUAUCUACAUCUUGUCUCUCUCUCUAUCUGCAUUAUCUACAUCUUGUCUCCCCAUUCUCGUCGUCAUCUCUCUCUCUCUCUCUCUCUCUCGCGUUAUCUUUUAGCGGUUCUCUCUUAACCGUCUCUAAAUCAGUCGUACCAUUUUUCUUUCUCUCUCACCGCCUCUUCUCUAAAAAUUUCUUUCUUUUUUUUUCUCUCUGCUUCUUCCACAAAUAA